AUGGCUCGUAUAUUAAGAUCUAGUAUUAUGCAAAGUCCAUCUCAAUUACUUCAAUAUUAUUUUCUUCUGGAUAAAUCACCAAAUUCAACAUUAUCUGAUUUAAUAAUUGAUACAAAUAUUAAUACCACAUUAAGAAAACUUAAACAUCAUAAAUGGUCAAAAGGUGAAAUAUUACAUUAUGGAUUUUUAUCAUCAAUAUUAGGAUUUGUAUUUUUAAUUUAUCCAACUACAUUUUUAAUUAAAUUACCAAUUGCAUUUAUAUUUAUCCUUUGUUUAUUAAUUCCAUUAACUAAUCAAUUCUUCCUUUAUGCAUUACCAGUAUUUGCUUGGUUAGCUUUAUAUUUUAGUUGUUCUAAAAUUCCAGUUAAUUGGAAACCAGCUAUUUCAGUUAAAGUAUUACCAGCAAUGGAAACAAUCUUAUAUGGUGAUGAUUUAUCAAAUGUUUUAGCCACAAUUACCACAACUCCAUUAGAUAUAAUAGCUUGGUUACCUUAUGGAAUUGUUCAUUUUAGUUUCCCAUUUAUAAUUGCUGCUAUUAUUUUCAUAUUUGGCCCCCCCACUGCUUUAAGAUCAUUUGGAUUUGCAUUUGGAUAUAUGAAUUUAGUUGGAGUCAUGAUUCAAAUCUUUUUCCCGGCUGCUGCUCCUUGGUAUAAGAAUUUAUAUGGAUUAGAACCAGCUAAUUAUUCCAUGCAUGGAUCUCCGGGUGGAUUAGGUAGAAUUGAUGAAUUAUUAGGAAUUGAUCUUUAUACUACUGGAUUUUCCAAUUCCCCAGUUAUAUUUGGAGCAUUUCCAUCAUUACAUUCUGGAUGUGCAAUUAUGGAUGUAUUCUUUUUAUGUUAUUUAUUUCCUCGAUUUAAAUCAAUUUGGUUUAUUUAUGGAUGUUGGCUUUGGUGGAGUACUAUGUAUUUAACUCAUCAUUAUUUUGUUGAUUUAAUUGGUGGAGCAAUGUUAUCAUUUAUUGUAUUUGAAUUUGUUAAAUAUAAAUAUUUACCAAUAUGUGAUUCAACAAAAUUUUGUCGUUGGUCAUAUUCAGAACUUGAAUUUAUUAAUGUUAAUCAAAUAGAUCCAUUAUCAUCUAAUUAUGUUUAUUUGAAUGAUGAUGAAAGUAGAUUAUAUACUAGAAUUCAUCCUCAAAAUAUUCAAAUUCAACAAAUAAUUGCCACUCCAUCAAUUCUGUCAACAACAAGAGGAGUUGUUAAUGAAUCACAAAUUCCUAAUGAAACUUUUGAAAUGGCAAAUCUUGCUCAUCCAAUUAGUAUAAGAAAUAAUAGUAAUAAUGAAGAAGAAGGUGAAAGUGAUAUUUCAUCAACUUCAAAUACUCCAUCAGUAUUUGAAGAAGAACAUUUACCUUCUAGUGUUGCUGCAUCUUCAACUACAUCAUUAGAUGAAAUGGAAACUCAAUCUACAUCAAAUUAUAUAAAUCCUCCUUCAUUUACAAAAGCUAAUAGUUUUGCUAAGAAUAGAUGA